AUGAGACUACAACCCAUCCUUUUUUCAAUCACGUGCCUUGUCUUCUUCAUCGGGCACGUGUCAGCACGCUCAAUACGUCCCCGUGCGCCGGCUAAAGUAGCCAACAUCGAGAAUGUCACCAUCCACACACCGUCGCAACGAGUCACAGCGUCAACAGCAUUCGAUCUUACAUUCAGCCUGUCCGGACAAACCAGCGAGUUUAGGCUCAGCCUCGAACCCAACCAUGAUCUCCUCUCCCAGAAUUUGUACACGCAGCAUGUUGGCGUAAACGGAGAAGUUCGACGAAUGGAAACGUCUGAGCGAGCACAACAUAAGGUCUACAGGGGCAAGACUUUAGUUCGAUCAACCGGUGGUCGUUGGGGGACGGCGGGCUGGGCCAGAGCGUUCGUUGUUCGAGAUGGAAACGAUCCACUUUUCCAAGGAGCGUUCAGCGUCUUUUCUCAGAAAUAUCAUAUCGGUAUCGUAUCAGAUCAGGCUGAUUCUCUGGCUUCCAAGAGCCGGAUGGUGAUAUACCAUGAUUACCCGGGUGCUCAGCAAACAAAGGGUGAACACGACACGCCGUUUCCGGAACUUGAUACUGCUAUCUCUGUCGCAAAGCGCCAGGACGUCUCUGAUAGUUUUGACUUGACCGACAGCAUUGGCAGCACAUCCGGCUGUCCAACCACAAGAAGAGUGGCAGUCGUUGGAAUCGCGACGGAUUGCACAUACACCGCAGCAUUCGACUCGGCGGAAGAGGUUCAACAAAGCCUAAUCGACAUGGUCAAUACUGCAUCUGAAGUGUUCGAAAGUACAUUUAACAUCUCAUUGGCCAUCCGCAACCUGACAAUCACCGAAUCGACAUGUCCCAGCAAUACCUCUGAUUCUGUCCCUUGGAAUGUCGACUGCUCGGCCGGUGACUUGGACUGGCGUCUGGACCAGUUCACCUCAUGGAGGAGAACGCUGGAUGACCGAACAAAUGCAUACUGGACGCUGAUGACUGGCUGUCCGAAUGGAGAGCAAAUAGGCGUCUCGUGGACAGGAGAACUAUGCAAUUCGCAACUGGGCGCGAAUGUUGUCGCGCAGGCGGGAAAUACAUGGCAGGUUUUUGCCCACGAGUCAGCCCAUAUUUUCGGUGCCGUUCAUGACUGCACUGCAGACACGUGCUCUUCCAGCGAGCAGUGUUGUCCGCUCUCCACUUCCUCCUGCAACGCAGAUGCGCAAUAUUUGAUGAACCCCGUCUCUACCUCCUCGCAAUCAGAAUUUUCGCCUUGCACUAUUGGCAACAUCUGCUCCAUGAUGGGGUCCAGCAGCAUCGAUAUGAGCUGCCUUGUUGACAACGAUAACGUACCCACUCUUACCGUCGGCCAAUGUGGAAAUGGCAUAGUGGAGGAAGGUGAAGACUGUGAUUGCGGCGAAGACGACUGCAGUGAGUGCUGUGACGGAUCAACCUGUCGCUUCCGGGAAGGCGCCGUAUGCGACGACGCUGCAGGAUCGUGUUGCACAAACUGUCGGUUUCUCUCUGCGGACACGGUCUGCCGUGCAAGUACCGGUGAUUGCGACUUCUCUGAGACAUGUACCGGAGACUCGGGUGCGUGCCCCACUGAUAGACAUGUACCGGAUGGAGAUGCUUGCGGGACCGAGUCAGGUCUCUUCUGCGCGAGCGGCCAAUGUACCAAUCGGGACAUGCAGUGUCGCGACCAGAUGAACAGAACCAGCACCGACGUUACCUCCUGUGGCGGAAAUUCCUGUAGCCUGAGCUGCUCAGAUGGUACCUCAUAUGGGUCAUCAAACUGCAUGGACAUUGGCCAGUCGGUCUUGGACGGGACCCCGUGUGAUGGGGGACUCUGUGAGAGCGGACAGUGUCGAACAGACGAAGGCUCAUGGGUCGAUGAACAUCGAUCGCUAGUCAUUGGGCUUGCUGCCGGAGUUGGAGGUGCUCUUGUUCUUGCUGUUCUUGCCGUUAUCAUCUGUCGUUGCUGGACUCGUCGCAAGAGACACGCGAAAAAGCUGUCGCCAGCUGUGUCGGUUACAUCUGUUCCCGAUCUGCCACCACCUUAUACUCCUCCUCGGCAUGGACUCGGAACUGUUAGAUACGCCUAG